AUGUUAUACAUACCAACAGCAACAUUAGCUACACCAAUAAUUGUUCAACAAACUCAAACAAUACCAAUACAAACAACAACAACAACAACAAGUUAUUAUAUGUUACCAACAAUAACUCCAAUAGUACCAGUUCUUAGUACAGCAUUUCUUUAUCCGACAUAUCGUGUUACAACAAAACCGAUUGAAAAAAUUGAUACUGAGAAAUCUCAAACUUCUGAAGUUACACAAUCAGUUCAACAUAUUAUACAUCAUCAUCCUACUCCUCCUCCAACAUGUUCAAUAAAACAUUGUCCUGGUUAUUGUGAAUUAUGUUGUCCAUGGAUAAAACAAUCACCUGAACGACAAAUACGAUCACGAUCACCUGAACGACAAGUACGAUCACGAUCACCUACACCACCAACACGUGAUCAACAACGAUAUUCUCGUCGUGAUGAAUACGAUCAAUCAAAAUAUAAUACUUAUAAAGAUGAAACAAUCGAUGAAAAAAUCGAUCGUAUUCGACGUGAAUUAAAUUUAAGUUCAUCUUCAAAACAUGAUAAAUCGACAGAAACAAUUGAUUAUUAUCAUCCCACAGCAACAAAAACAACUACUAGUACUGAACAACGUAUUCCAUAUAAACAACAUUAUGAUCCACCAAAACCACGACCACGUAGUACAUCAUCACAGAGAUCAUCAUCAUUACCACGUGAACCAUGGCGUUCAACAAAUCAAAAUGAUUAUCCAUGGCGUGAUGCUCAUUUACCAGCAUAUCGUCAAGAAACAUUAAAUCGUUCACAAACACCUAGUAAUGAACGUCAUCAAUGGAAUGAAACAGCUCAUCAACGUAGUCAUCUAAAUACACAAAAUCAAUCAUCAUAUUGUACAAAUAAUUAUAUCUAUCGACCAAAAUCAGAAACUGAAACUCGUAAAUAUUAUACACAAACAACAGGUAAAAAUCCUGAUUCUGAAGUUUAUCAAAAUAUAGCAUCAUGGUGUAAUAAACAACAACAACAACAACAACAACAAACAAAAAUGGAUCAUUCAUUUUAUUCGGAUAUACCAACAACAACAUUAAAACAAAUUGAUUGUACAUCAUGUCAUAGAAAUGAUGAUAAUUGUUUACAUAUUGUACCUAAAUAUGGUAGUACAUUAGAUCCACCUUAUUUAAAAAUUUUUAAUGCACCUGUAACAUAUCUUCAUUAA